CAUCCCCCUAUUCUAUACAUCAGAUCACAGGUGUGCUCUCAAGCUCCCUCAGUUGCAUUAGAAACAAUGUGGGAUUAAAAUCUGAAUGAUUCUGUGUUGAAGAACAUGUUCACCCGAUGGAAUAUCUGAAGGCUACUGGACACUUGUUUGUUUUCCUUCUUCAGACACAUGCUUCAGCCCUUUGCUUGGUCGGCGUUCAACUUGGAUGUGCAUCAUUCACUGGCUGGGUCUGUGUAACCUAAAGACAAAAACACACCAGGCUUCAGGACCAUCUUCCUGUGAAAGAGGAUCCAGUUCUAGGACCAACACAGCACACCACACGCAGCUUCUUAUUCUUACCUCGUUUCAAUGAGAAAAAUUCGAACCUUUAGUGCAAUGAUUUUUCUUGCCACGUUAUUUCUGAUCUUUUUCUACUCGACAUUACCUCUUGAGACAAUCUACAGUCACAGAGCUGCAAAAGAGGCCCUCCGGAGUCUUCCUAGCGUCCAGCCCCAGGUCCAAGAUGUGAUAACGAAACCUUAUGAGCAGGAGAGCAUUACUUCGGCUCCAGUCGAUAUUCAGAAUGUAAAUGUGUCCAAAGACUUGAAAGCCAUCCCUCCAAAUGCUGCGUACUGGAACCGUCUACUGUAUUCGACCCUGGUGAAGCUGGACAAGGGAGAAAAUCCUUUAAGGCAAGGCUCUGAUUGGCCUCGCUGCAUGGAGACAAAUCAAGAGCUUCUACGAACCAACCUGCACGACUUCAACUCAUACCCCAACUUAUUCCAAGAGUUUGUGCAGGGCAUGGGCUGCAGGACCCCUCCAGUCCUGAUCAAUCAACCUAAAAAGUGCGUCUCUGGGAGUGGGGUGGAAGGAAAUCCUAUAUCUCUGCUUUUUGCUAUCAAGUCAACUCCUGGACACUUUGAGCAGAGGCAGGCUGUGAGGGAGACCUGGGGGCGGGAGGGGUUGAAUUCGAGUGGGCUGAGCGUGCACACAGUGUUUCUCAUGGGUAGCCCCCGAGUGGACGAUCCUGAUCUCAGCCAACUGUUGUCAUAUGAAGCAAGCCUCUUUAAGGACAUCCUUCAGUGGGACUUUAAUGAAUCCUUCUUAAACCUGACACUCAAAAUGUACGUGUUCCUCCAGUGGAGUCUGAAAUAUUGUCCUCAUGUAACCUUUGUGUUUAGUGGGGAUGAUGAUGUAUUCGUCAACACGCCGCUAUUACUCAGCUUCCUGCAGUCUCUGGAUUCAUCCAAAGCUUCUACAUUGUACAGUGGUGAUGUCAUAAAAACAGCAAGUCCAAUCAGGAACCCUCAAAGCAAGUACAAUAUCCCCCUGAGCUUCUACGACGGCCCUUACCCUGCAUAUGUUGGUGGAGGUGGAUUUCUUAUAUCCGGAGCAUUGCUGAAACCCCUUUACUCAGUUUCACAUUUCAUUCCUUUCUACCCCAUCGAUGACGUCUACACUGGGAUGUGUUUUAAGGCUUUGGGAGUUUCUCCCAAGGCGCACACAGGCUUUCACACCUUUGACAUCAAGGAGGGGGACCGCGAGAAUCUGUGUGUGCAUAAAGGACUUAUUCUGACUCACAAGCGCUCCCCACAGCAGACGAAAAAGUUGUGGCGGGGCAUUCACAGUCCCUUUUUGACUUGUUGAACAAGUGAUUAAAGAUUCGACUGUAGCCACGUAUGUCUGCCUUUA